AAAAAAAAAAAAAAGCGAUAAUAAAGAAAGUAAAAGGAAACGGGGAGGGAGAGGCAAUCAAGCAAAUUGUCUACGGGCAAUAACCGGUUGUCCAUAUCCGGUUACUAACUAGAGAAGACAAGCCGCCCAACUUUGAAUUCCAAAACCAAAAACAGUCCAACCUUCUCGAGUAACCGGCUAUAGCCCGUCCCCUUCACGAGAAUAUUCUCCUCCGUUUCCUGUUUAACUUGUCCACGUCAUCGCCUCUUCGCUUACUAUAAAUUUUCCCCAUUUUCCUCGCUGCAUCAUCCAUCAAACCGCAAAACGGUUCUACCUAUCGUCGUUUCUCUCCUACGCUAUUCGCCGCCGUUAAACUGGGUACCAACCGCCGUCCGUCCCGCGACGGAAAGUCUGGGAGUUAUAACAACUCCGAAGCUCUCGAUCUCCGCUUCGACCGGCGACUGAGGUAUAACAAGAGAGGAGUACCAUAGAGUACCUCAUUUACUCUUUGAUUCAUAUUUAGGAACGAUGCCGAACCCUAGGUCUCACAGGAAGGGGAAACUUGCGGAGAAGUCGUCGUCAUUCCACGGAGAGAGUCCGACCAAGACGGCGACGACGCUCCGGAGGCCGAAGACGGAUCCGGAAUUGUUGUCCUUCAAGAAUCUAGGUUUACCGGCGUCGGCGCCGUCGCUGGAUGGACGACCGAAGAUGACGAAAUUACUCCUCAACGUGACGAUUCAGGGAAGUCUAGGUCCAGUACAGGUGUUGAUGUCGCCGGAAAUGACCGUGGCUGAUCUUGUAUCGGCGACCGUUCGUCAAUACUUGAAAGAAGGCCGCCGGCCGAUUUUGCCUACUGCAGAUCCUUCCGCUUUUGGUCUUCAUUACUCGCAAUUCAGCUUAGAAAGUUUAAACAAGGAAGAGAAGCUGAUCGCGUUGGGAUCCAGAAACUUCUUUCUGUGUCCUAGAAAGUCAGACGAUAACAACGAUUUAAUUGCUUCUCCUUCAUCUUCUUCGUGCUCGAAAGAAGCUAAAGAAAGCGCGAAGAGUAAUUCCAGCAGUUUCAGUUGGUUCAAAUUCAUCGAUUUCCGGAUUUAGAAACCGCCAUAAACCGAAUCUAUUCAUACAUACAUAUUCAAUCCGCCACUGUGAAAACUCAUCUUCAAAUUCUCAAAGCCAUAUAACUUUUCUUAUUAUCUUCAAUUCUAAGAACUUCUUAAAGCCAAUUUGAGAUAUCAGAAUUUCGAUCGAGCAAAGGGAAACCGAAGAUCAUUUCUGGAAUUCUGUUCUUCGUCUGCUUGCUCUGGAUCGACACAGGGGAAAUUUUCAAUAUGUAUAUAUAUAAUAUAGUUUUUGUGAGAUUUCCGGUUGGUCGAAUAGAAAUUAUGUGAAAUUUUUUUGUUGAAUUCAUAGAUCAUUUUCUCAUAUUAUGAAAUUUCCCGAUUCGAUGAACAGAGUCACGGCAGGAAAAAAAAAAUCCUGAGAUUCCGUGAAGGAUGAAGAAACUUCGUGAAAAUAAAGUGUGGUGGAAAGGAAACUGACGGUUCGGUUUUGAUAUGGAAAGAGAUACGUUUGUGAAGAACACAGUUAUUGUGAAGUUCGAUGUCUCCACCAACUCUUUCUUUUCUAUUGCAUACCCCUAAGUCUUAUAAGGCACGUCAAUUUGUAUCCUUAUAAUUUUAUUAAUUAAAAUAUCUAAAAUUUCUUA